GUGCGGUGGGCGGCUCAGUGUCGGCGCCCGAUGAUAUUAUCUUGCAGGGCAUUGAGGCUGCCUUUAAUGACGGCCACGAUGUCAUUAGUUUGUCGCUCGGUGGCGGCGGAUGGCCCGAGGAUCCCCUGGCGGUCGCAUGUUCCAAGAUGACACAAAAGGGCGUGGUUGUCGUCGCCGCCAUUGGCAACGACGGAUCCAAUGGUAUGUUCACUGCCGGGUCGCCUGCGGUCGGACGCGGCGUUAUCAGCGUGGGCUCGGUGGACAAUUGGAAUAUCACCGGCCAGGUGGCCAACAUUACCUUGCCUAGUGGAGCUUACCGCUCGGUGUAUGUAGAGGAUUCAAACGCCGACAAGGCGCCCUUUGUGUUUGAGUCAGACAUACCUAUCGUUGCCCCACUGGAUGCCACUGGCAGCCUGCUUGGCUGCUCAGAGUACCCCACAUUUGUCAACCUCACGGGAAGGAUUGCGCUGAUCAAGCGCGGUACCUGCACAUUUACCGUGAAGGUGCGCUUUGCGCAAUCUGCCGGCGCCAUUGGCGUGCUCAUAUACAACAAUGCCAAUGGAAUUAUGAACGCUGCACUUGAUCCGGCCGUUAAUAUCCCGGUUGCCAUGCUGACCGCAGACGACGGUGCCUUUAUCAUCAACGGCAUUCUGCAAGGCAACGGCAGCGGCAUUGGCGUGGUGACAAUCAAAUCGCGCAAGGGUGCAGUCAGCACUUUUGCUGCAUUUACAGGCGGCCAGAUGUCCUCAUUCAGCUCGUUUGGCCCGUCGCCUGAGCUCGACAUUGAUCCAGUGAUUUCAGCCCCUGGCGGCAGCAUUUGGUCGACCUUCCCACUCAGUAUGGGCAAAUACGCCUCACUCUCAGGAACCUCGAUGGCCACACCGUACGUCUCUGGCACUGUCGCGCUGCUUAAACAGGCGCGGCCAAACUUCAGUGUCAACGACAUCCGCAAGGCGCUAAUGACCUCUGCCAAGCCGCUGAAAGACGACAAUACUGGCAAGUUGGUGCAUCCGUAUUCGAGCGGCUCGGGGCUGGUCAAUGUGUACGACGCCAUCAUGUCUCGCGUCCUCAUCAGCCCACCAACGCUGACAAUUAACGACACAAACUGGGGCCCAGUCAAAGAUAUCCCUCAGCUACAGUCACUGGGCUCUGUCCGCUGGGCCGUGCGGUCGAUCAACGUCAACAACACGGAUUGCACUCGUGGAAUGCUCAUAUCUCUCGAAAGCACAGCGGCCAACUCCAUCUCGAUGUACUCGGCCAAUGGCACGCUCAGCCUCACACCGCGCACAUGGCCAGCCGAAAACACCACUGUCGCCACCGCCGCCGCCGCAUCGAGCAGCACACUUCCCCAGGUGUUUACCCAGACUAAAUCUCAGUACAUCCCAGCCGGCCAGUCGCGCAACUUUAUUGUGUACAUUGUUGCGCCUUACGGGUUGCAAGAGUCUGACCGAUGGUUCUACGGGGGCUUCCUCAAUUUUACGCUAAAGUGGAAUCAGGAGCCCGCGCCCAGCGGCAACUAUGUAGUGCCCUAUGCCGGAUUCAAUGGCAACUACCGCGCACUAGAUGUAAUGACGUCCUCCGCGCAGUCGGGGCUUCCUGCGCUCGCUGAUGCCAACCUCAGCAUUAUCGCCGAUUCAUCGCAGCUAGUCAUCAGCAAAAACACGACAGCUUGGCUGGUGUACAGCAUUGACGUUCCAACCCGCGUGAUCUCUGCCACGAUGCUCGACAACAAGAACAAGACGCGCGGGUAUCUGGCAUAUGGCUACCAAGAGUACAAUAUCCGUAAUCUUCCCAAUAGCGGCGACUCGCUUUCCGGAGCCAUCAUCACUAACAAGAUUUACAAGGACAAAGAGGCUACAGUCGAGAUUGACGUGCCGCAGGGCAAGUACCAUGCGCGUCUAAUGGCGUUGCGCCCACUAGGGAAUCCCAGAAACACGUGCGACUAUCAGAUCUGGGAUUCGCCAGUGUUUAGUGUAUUGUAAUUAAAG